CAAACAUUUUAAAAUCUACAAUCGGAAUACCUCCGCCGUUUGAUUAUCAAAGAAUAACAGCAAAGAUUAUGAAGACUAAUCCCCAUCCAACGGUGGAGAUGGCGAUAUAGAUGCUUAUCUAGAACUAGCAGAUCCCUUAUCCUACGCGCACUUUCUGUACCCCUGUUCCCCUUCAGUCUCAUGGCAGCUGAGUUACAGCCACUGGAAGCUCCAAUCACCGCCGGCCCAGCAAUUACAACGACAACAACAACCCAACCGAUAAAUACAACCACCACAGCAACUGCCAUAACGGCAAUAGCAGCAACGACAACGGCCCUACCUUCCACCGAGCACCAAGGCCCCCAAUUGGGCCCCAAACGGCAGCGCCGGCCCAGCGUCCGAUUAGGCGAGAUCGGCGACCAACCCGCCGCCACUGUCUCCUUCGACUCACACAUGCGACGAGCCAAGCACACCUGGAGGCUCCCCAAGGACUCCAAAUCGGUCAAGGCUCGCUCCAUCACCAACCUCGUCAACGGCAACGACUCCAAUGAAACAACGCCGCCCGAGGAGAGGAACCAAAACGGCGACGGAGGGUUCGAGUUUGGGAACCGGAGAAUUAAAGCGAAGCGAGCCACUGGGACCAAGAGGGUCCGAUCGAAUUGGGCGUCGAAUUCGAAGCUUGAUGACGGCGGCGACAGCCGGGAGGACGGUGGAGAGUGGUUCAGCGCGGAUCCCGAUCAGGAUAGUCCAGUGAGGGACAGUAGUCCGGUGAACUCGGGGGACGACGCGGGGCAGGAUUUGUGGGAGGGGCAGAGGAGGGUGGCGGGAAAUUGGGCUAGGGUUUCGGAGAGCAGGGAAAACGACGCCGUUGAGGCGGAUAAUAUGCCGGAGUCGAAUUGGAGCGGAGUGAGGUCGUGGCUGAUAGAAUUGGGGUUGAGUCGGUACACGCCGGUGUUCGAGAUACACGAAGUGGACGACGAGGUGUUGCCAAUGCUGACUCUGGAGGAUCUUAAGGACAUGGGCAUAAACGCCGUCGGUUCGAGGCGCAAAAUGUACUCUGCCAUUCAGAAGCUUCGCAAGGGGUUCUCGUGAGUCUGGCUUUCCUUUUUAAUUUUGUCUACUUUUUUUAUUGUUUAGCAGAAUAGUGUUUUAGUUUCUAUUCUUCGCCUUUUUUUUCCUUUUUUAAAUCUUUCACAGUAACAUGAUAACAAGAAUAAUCCUAGUUUGUGUUGUAGUUUUGCAGUAAGAUAGCUGUUUGUCCAUUUUUUGUAUUUUAAUUGUUGUUUCCCAUUAAAGCAAUUUGAAUUUGCUUCAGUUGAGCUAGAGUUUCUACUUGUAGUUUA